ACCUGUGUUUUAUUUAUUUAAUUGAUUUGGGGACCACAUCCACUGAUGUUGGGGUGUUACUCUUGGCUUUGCUCUCAGCAGUCACUCUUGAUGGGACUCAGUGGGACCAUAUAGGAUGCCUGGAAUUGAACACAGGUCAACCAUUGACAAGGUGCUUUAUGGAUUAACUCUUUUUUGAUGACAUAUACAAUAGCAGUUUAGUUAUGGCGUCUUUCCAGACCUUCAGAAAUAGACAUAUGAAGAUCAGGGCAUCUGUCAGAAAAAGCUUCAGUGAAGAUGUGUUCCAGUCUGUGAAAUCUUUAUUACAGAGUGAAAAGGAACUAUGCAGCAUAUCAGCAGAGGACUGUCUAAGACAGGAUGAACAUGCAAAGUUAUCUGAGGUCACAUUUUUAGCUUUUAAUGAAGAGACAGAUGCUGCUCAUAUUCAGGAUUUAGCUGCAGUUUCUUUGGAACUUCCAGCUCUUCUGAAUUCACUGCACUUUUGCAGCCUAAAUGAAAAUGAAAUAAUCUGUAUGAAGGAUAUAAAUAAAUCAUCAGCUAUGAACAGUAGCCCUCUAAACCAGAGUCAUCAUUCUGGAAUGCUUUGUGUUAUGAGAGUGUCACCUACAUUCCCAAGACUCAGAAUUGAUUUUAUCUUUAGUCUCCUAAGUAAAUAUGCUACGGGUAUAAGGUACACUCUGGACUCACACUUGCAUCAGAAGCACCAACUUGAGACCACUAAUGAAGAUGAUGAUGAUACCAAUCAAUCCGUGUCCUCCAUAGAGGAUGACUUUGUCACUGCUUUUGAACAAUUAGAAGAAGAAGAAACUUCCAAGCCAUACAAUGAGGGAAUAAAUGUUGCUGCAUUAAGGAGCCAAUGUGAUGCUGCUUCACAGACAACUUCUGGUCGCCAUGUGGAAAUGCAAGACGUAAAGAUUCUGGUUAGUUCUGGACAGCAUAAGUCAUCUGCUAAAGUUUCAGCAUCCCUAAUGAAUCCUUUGGGACAAAACCAACUGCCUUCUCAGAAAACUUCUGUCACAACAUCAAUUUCUGAACCUUGGAUCCAAAGGAGUUUCUAUAGGUCAUCUACUGCUUCAGGUAACAGUGGUGAUGUACAGAAAACAUUUUUUUCUUCUUCCCCUGCUUAUUCAUCUGAAUCAGAAUGCUCCAGUCCAAGUCCUAUAAUUUUCUUGGAUGAAGAGGGAUAUCAGAAAAGCUUAAAAGCAAAGCUUGAUCUCCCUAAAAUUCCUGUGAUGAAAGAUGACAUAGAAGACUCAGACUCAGAAGUUAGUGAAUUUUUUGAUAGCUUUGACCAGUUUGAUGAACUAGAACAAACUUUAGAGACUUCUUGUCCAUGUUCAAAGGAGAGUAACAUGGGGAAGCCAUCUCACAAGAAGGGACACAAACAUAUGAAAUCUUGUUCUGUAACCACUGUUAUGAAUCCUCAGAAAUUCAAGUUUGAUCAUCCAGUUCUCCCAGCUAAUGUUAAAAAGCCAACUCCUCGCAAACCAGAGUCCCCUUACAGUAGCUCGUGUGAUGCUCCAGAUUCCCCUCGUCCAGUGAAGGCAUCAGGGGAAGAAAGUGGUUUGUUUAGCCCUAUUCGAUCCUCAGCUUUUAGUCCUCUGGGAAGCUGUACUCCUGAGUGUUUUUGCCAAACAGAUACUGAUGGAGAUGGGAUUCAUGAAAAUUGUGAAACUGAUCACUAUAUAUAUGAAGAUUAUGCAGAUAUUCUUUCAAGUGAAGUACUGGAUUCAGCUCUUCAGAGUCAGCGUAUGAAUAUAAUGGCAGAUACUGAAAGUAUUAAAAAGGCAGGAAAGAAGGCUGUAGAUCUUAAGAGCGAAAGCCUUGAUCCAAAGAGUAAAUCUGAAAAGAAACCAUUAAUGAUUAAAGAUAGCAUACAAAAAUUUGCAUCAGAUCUUGUGGAAAAAAGUUUUGGCAGUGCAUUCAAGGACUUACAGAAAGGAGUCUCAUCAUGUACCAAUGCAUUGUGCCACUUAGCUAUCAAAUUGACAUCAUCUGUUUUUCAGAUGGCAUUUAAUGAACUGAAAAGGCAACGUGCAUUUUCACUGAAAGAGCAUGCCAUUAGUGGUCUGGCUAAUUUUUUGGUGAGUGAAGCUUUAUCAAAUGCUUUACAAGAUUUACAAUAUGUAAAGAAGCAGAUAUUUACUAACACAGUUGCAAGGUUUGCUGCAGAUCUUGCUGAAGAGCUUGUAUUUGAAGGCAUUAUGGAAGUGUGCCAGUUUUCAUACCCUCCAACCCCUGCACCUCCACAGUGUUGCUCAUUUGACUAUGAGGACAAAGUAGUGAAAUCAUAUGCAAAAGAUUUGUCAGAAUCUGUAAUACAGGAAGCAUUCAUUGAGCUCUCACAAGUUGAUGUGGCCUUCACAACCAAGGCAGCAGUCAGUGUUUCUACAGAUAGCAUAAACUGUAUGAGUGCAGAAAAUGUACCAUUGCCACAAACCGUCUCAUUGCCCCCCACUUCUGGCAGUCAAACAGUUCCAGUGACAAAAGCAGCAGAGGAUUGUAAAAAAGAAUACACAGUUCAACAAGCUUUGUUUUGCACUUCUGGAAUUGCUACUUCUAUAUCAGUGCCAUUGGCAGGAAGUGCCCUUCUUCCGUAUCAUGUGUCAUCUGAUGGAUAUCAGACAGGGCCUACUUUGUCAUCUGACGAAAAUAUCUUGAAUGAUAAUUCUAAACAAGCAUGUGUUACGAUGAAAAGCAAAGAAGAGGAAGUAGCUUGUCUCAAAAAUAUUUGUUUAUCUUCAGAACAGAAUAAUCCAAAUGAUCUUUUCCCAAGAAAUGAUGAUACUGAAAUGAAAAAAUUUUCAAAAUUGACAAGUGAUCCUGUGAUUAUUGGCAACUUUUCUGCAGCAAUGGUGGAUACAGUGGUAAAUGAAUCUUUAGAGACAGUGAUGGCAUUCAAGGUUACAAAGCCAGUUGAUGAGCAUACAGAUUGCUCAACUAAAAUAGUAAAGGGAAGCACCUCUCCUUUUCUCUCAGACCACACAGACCUGCAAUCGAGUGAAGCUAGCCAUAAAGAUGCAUUUGCUGAUCGAUUAUCUAAAUCUGUUAUUAGACAUUCCAUAGAUAAAAGCACAUCAGUAAUUCUAAAUGUAGAUAAAAAUUUGGUAUAUAAGGAAGGACUGUCUAUUCCUGGAGAAGAGUCACAGUUGACCUUGGAAAAGUUCUCCAAAGUCCUAGAUGCUCAAGAUCACUUAACUUCCUCACCAUUUUUAGUAGGGAAGGUUUGUGUCCCAGAACAUAAAGAUUCUGUAGCUCAUGAAUUUUCUUCAGAGACACUACCACUUUGCCCAACUAUGGCAAGUCAGAAACCUGAUUUGAAAGAACUUGCUAAAGACAAAUCAGUGAAAAAGCAUAGUUUGAACAAUACAGCACUUGAGUCUAUGUGUUUGGGUCAAGAAAACUCUUUCCCCCAUUCACAAACUUUCUCAUCCACAGUGCUUUCCUGUGUAGAUGGUUUGCAUAUAGAAGAUAAACAGAAGAUCAGAGAUGGAAAUGUAAUCCCUGAUACUCCUCCAUCAACCCCUCUACUACCAUCUCAGGGAAGUUCUGAAUGGGAUAUCAAGAAGUUGACCAAAAAACUUAAGGGGGAAUUAGCUAAUGAAUUUGCUCCAGCUACACCACCAUCUACACCUCACAACUCAGCUGUUGGUAGUUUGUCUGAAAAUGGACACCAUACUAUUGAAAAAGAAGAGUUCAUGCUGAAACUCAUGAGAUCUCUUUCAGAGGAAGUUGAAAGUAGUGAAGAAGAAGAAGAAGGAAGGCACCCAGAAGUGGAUAUAAAGUCAGAGCACUUAGGGGAAAAAGUGCAUUUUGCAGAAGCACUAGCCACAAACAUCAUUUCUCUUGCAACCGAAAUGGCAGCUUCCCAUUUAAAUAGUAAAAUUACUCAAGAGCCAAAUGAUGAAAGUUCUUACUUAAGUGUACAAAAUCAGAGAAGAGAAUCUCCUGCUCUGUUAAGUCACUCAGAUGAAAAUUUACCAACAGUAUGCAAUUUUGCAAGUGAUAUGGCAGCAGAAGUCAUUACAGAAGUGGAGAAAGUAGCAAAUGUUAGAAGUUGCCUGCAUUUCAGGCCAAAGAACAGCUGUUACAGUGACAGGGACCCAGAUUCUAGAUCAGAGGAGAAGCUGGAUAUUGAGACUAGAACACCUUCAAGGGAAGCAGAACCAUUUUUUCUUUCAUUACCACCUAGUUCUUGUAUGUUAGGACUGACUUCUAAAUAUCCCAGCUGUGAAAGUGUAACAGAUGAAUAUGCAUGUCACGUUAUCCAAAUACUAAAACAGGAAGGUGGGAAUAGUGAGUUGAUAAUGGAUCAGUAUGCCAAUAGACUUGCCUAUCGAUCUGUUAAAUCAGGAUUGCAGGAAGUGGCCAAGACAACUAAAAUGAAGAGCAACUCAAACAUGUUGCCUCUACAAAGCUCACAGGUUAAAACCAACAGUGAACCUUUAAUGUUCUUAAAAAAAGAAUGCUAUCAGGAAGCAGGUAAGAAAAGACAAAGGAAAAAAAAUGGAGGUGAUUUUCAUAAAAGUAAAACUUGUGAACGGACUUGGGAUAUACACAGAAAUGAGUGCACCGAUCUGUACAGUUUUUCCACCUCUCUUGCUCACAGUAUAACAAAAGAUGUUAAAGAAACACUGUCAACUUCUGCAGCUGGCUUGCCAAAAUCCUUAACUGAUUCUUGCCUUUACGAAAAAGCUAGGUGUGAUGAAGAUAUUGAGUCUCACAUUGAGUCAGAAUUUUCUCAAUUUCCUCAGCCUUCCUCAAACACUCAGAGAUUUUACCUAAGUAUAGGUAGCUUAAAUGGCUAUAGUCAUGGGAAGAACAUUCAAGCAAUAGAACAGUAUGCUCAAAAAGUAGUGGAUGACACCUUAGAACUGAGUUUAGGAUCCACAGUUUUCCAUAGGCCUGAGACCACAAAAGCAGCAGAGAGGUCCACUUAUACAGAAAAGUUAUCACCUCUUCUAAGUCAGAGUUGCAGGUAUUGUGACCGGAAAGAACUUCAUGAUUGCACUGGGAAUUCAUCUCAGCACCUUUGCAGAAAAGAUUCAUUUGUUGGUAGUAAGUCAAUUUAUAAUUCAAGACACAGCAAUUUCUUUCAGAAAUCUAGAAUUUUUCAUCUUGAUGUCCCACAAAUUCAUGUUGAUCUUGAUAAGAAGAUAGUGCUUGCUGAGAAGAUAGUUGCUGAAGCUAUUGAAAAAGCCGAGAGAGAGCUGAGUAAUACCAGUUUGGCUGCUGACAGUGGAAUUGGACAAGAUGGCAUCAGCUUUGCUGAAAGCCUUAGCACAGAAAUAAUGACAUCUGCAAUGGAAAGUAAUGGACAUUUUAGCAGUCCAAAAGAAAUAGAAGAUAUUCAAUCAGCCGAGUCCUUUGGUAGCCAGCAGAUGAAUGUCAGUAUUGGUGAAGACAGUACUGGUAGCUGGUCCAAUUUAAGUUUUGAAGAUGAACACCAGGAUGAAAGCAGCAGUUUUCAUCAUUUAAGUGAAAGUAAUGGUAACAGCAGUAGCUGGAGCAGUCUUGGUUUAGAAGGAGAUUUGUGUGAGGACAAUUUAUCCUUUCCAACAUCAGACAGUGAUGAGCCAGAUGAUAACGAUGAAGAGGAUGAGGAUGUUGUAGAAGGUGUGGAACAGGAUGCAAAGACUUUGCUAAUUACAAAUAUUGACAUGGAGCCAUGUACAGUAGACCCCCAGCUAAGAAUCAUUCUUCAGUGGCUUAUUGCCUCUGAGGCCGAAGUUGCAGAACUUUACUUUCAUGACUCUGCAAAGAAGGAGUUUAUAUUACUUUCGAAGCAAUUACAAAUAAAAGGCUGGAAAGUGGGAGACCUUCUUCAGGCUGUUCUGAAAUACUAUGAAGUGAUGGAAAAGACUUCUAGUGAGGAGAGAUGCAAGUCACUAUUUGACUGGCUCUUGGAAAACGCAUAGAACUUCCAAAUCCACUAUAUCUUAUCUUAUUAUUUGUUUUGUGAGUGGAAAAAACAAAGAUGUAUAGGGAAAGCUUUGAAUAGUGAGUAGUAAUUUUUAAAGUGAAUUGGAGGGAAAGCAAAUACAGCUUUUUAAGCACAUUGUGUCAUCAUGAUGUAUAUAGUUCAUACUUUUGUAAUCUUUGUCAAAAUAUUAUCUCCAUUCUUCUAUAUACGUGUAUAGUACAUUGAGACCCUAAGAACAUGUAUUUGAAGGAAGAUCUAACCAUGAAGAUUUCAGGGAUGUUGAUGGCAUUCUUUUUGCAUCUAAAUAGUGCUGCUAGAAACUGUACCAAGGUGGCUGAGGAUAUGUUCCAGGGACAAAGACUUAUAAUUUUUCUCUUUUGAAAAAACAAGUGGUAUUCUGUUAAUAAAUAAUCUGAUUCCAAAAAUAGCUUAGAGGCUAUUUUAAUUUUUCCUACAGAUAAUUUUGUUCUAAGUUUUAAAGGUAGGUCCUUCUCAUUGACUCGCCUAACCAUUUCAUUUCUUAGAACCAGUUUUAGGUUUCUCUGACUUCUAUAAAUGAUAGGUUUUCUGUCCUUAAAUCAAAUUACAUUAUUUGCUAAAUGUUGCCAGUCAUUUGGGUGUGAAAUGUGUGCGUGCGUGUGUGUGUGUGUGUGUGUGUGUGUGUGUGUGUAUGUGUGUGUGUAAAAUGAAUUUCUUUAACUUUACUGAUGAUUUGUGCCCUCCCAUCCCCUUCCCUUAUUGUUAGCCAUUCACUGUUAACAUUAAAAAGGUGCUUUAAAAUAAAAUGUCUAUAAAGA